AUUAACCAAUGAUGAUGAUUGGUUAAAAGCUAAAUAACAUGGUGUUUAAAGACAUGAUCCGUACCAUUUCUCACUCGAGAAGCGAGGGAAAUUGGCAAAGAAAUCGCAAUUCACACGCAAGGCAGACAGAUCUGGCUGUUUAUCAUCGUACCCAAUUCGAUCGAACAUCGAAAAGUUCCCAACUUUUGCUCUGAAAGUCGAAGAACGAGGGAAGACAUCACGACGAUGAAGGCGGCGAAGAGGCCGAUCCACACGGUGGCUACAUGGGUUCGACGGCAACCGCCGAAGGGGAAGACGUUGUGGAUGGCGAUUGAUUGCCCAAAUAUUUUCCUCAGGAUGAUUGUUCACGACCACGACAACCUCUUCGUCGCCGCCGAGGCUGUUCAUGCCCUCGGUAUCUCCGUCCUCAUCUACAAGAUCAUGAAGGAGAAGACCUGCGCUGGACUGUCACUGAAAUCACAGGAGCUUACGGCUCUGUUUCUUGCCGUGAGGCUCUAUUGCAGUUUUGUCAUGGAAUUCGAUAUUCAUACAUUGCUCGAUUCUGCAACUUUGGUGACUACCCUUUGGGUCAUCUAUAUGAUCCGGUUUAAGCUUAGACCCAGUUACAUGGAGGACAAGGACAAUUUCGCUAUCUACUAUGUCGUUAUCCCUUGCGCCAUUCUAUCUGUGCUUAUUCACCCGACAACACAUCACCACAUAAUCAACAGGAUUGCUUGGGCUUUCUGUGUUUACCUCGAGGCCGUUUCAGUUCUUCCUCAACUCAGAGUCAUGCAAAACACAAAGAUCGUGGAGCCAUUCACCGCACAAUAUGUGUUUGCUUUGGGGAUAGCUAGGUUCUUGAGCUGUGCACACUGGGUUCUUCAGGUGUUGGACACACGAGGGCAGUUACUGACUGCGUUAGGGUACGGGUUAUGGCCGAUAAUGGUCCUCAUCUCGGAAAUCGUCCAGACAUUCAUUCUUGCCGACUUCUGCUACUACUACGUCAAGAGUUUGAUGGGAGGGCAGCUCGUUCUUCGUCUCCCCUCGGGCGUGGUGUAAAUCCCGGGAUACCGGCUGAACUUGUCGCCGGAAAAGUCGCCGGAGAUGAAGGAGAAUAUGGUUGCACUCGUUAGAGGAGUGUAAAGAAAAGGAGUCGAUUAGAGGUUACUAAGGUAAUAUUUAAAUUUAGCUACUGCUUAUUAUAAAUAAGCAAAAAAGAAAUUAAAUUAGUGCCAAUAUCCUUAGGCGAGGCCUCCCACGUGGGACGAAAAUCUUCAUUCUCAUCCACAUUUUUUUUUUUUGUAUUUUU